GACUUAGUGCGAAGUAGAGUGAAUAGAGUUGCUUAUAAGCAUAGCACCAGUCAAAAGUAAGAAGUGCCAAUCGUGUAUAGGUCAUUAAGGGAAAUUUCCUUUUAAAAUGUUUAAUAAAAAAUCGUUUCCGUUGUUGAGUGUUCAACUUAUUACCAUUAUAUUUGGCUUGGCGUUAGCUACAACGGGUCAAGGUCUCGAUGGAAAUGAAGGAGACAAUUGUUUCAUUGAGCACACGCAACAAGAGGGCAUUUGCACAAAAAUAUCCGAAUGUGAAAAGCCGUGUGCCGCUGAAGAGGUGAUAUUUGAGAGGUGCCAGAAAACAGGGAGACCAACGGUGCCCAUUGUCUGCUGUCCGAAAGUUAGACCCACUAAGUCAAUCAGUGCAGCAAAAUGCCUGGAGUACAAAGAGCUGGCGUGUACGCCACAUCACAUUAGGAUGACUCCCUCUGACGAUCCGAUAGUAUCCAAAGUGUCGAAUUGUGCCCGUAACACGGUACGGGUACAGCGGUCGGUCAUCAUUGGUGGUGAAGAAGCCCAAAGACGAGAGUUUCCGCAUAUGGCUCUGAUCGCUUGGCGAGAUUAUGAUGAUUUUGGAUGUGGUGGAAUAUUGAUUAGUGAUCAAUUCGUGCUCACUGCGGCGCAUUGCCUUAACCAUCCUAGAUACGGCCCAAUAUCUCACGUUCGAUUAGGUGAACACGAUCAAAGCAAUCCAAAUGAAUCCGAUCAUAUCGACGUAAAGGUCGCUGAGCUUAUUCCACAUCCUAACUAUCGGACACGAUACCAUUACGAUGACAUCGCUUUGAUAAAACUCAAUCAUUCGGUUCGUUUUACCGAUGCCAUUCGACCGGCAUGCUUACCUGAAGAACCAAUAUCUGUCGGUAGCAUCAAUGUCAUAGCUACCGGAUGGAGCUCUGGACAGCAGAUAGAGCGGAGUAACGUUUUGAUGAAAGUGGUCGUUGACGUGUUUGACCACAAUACAUGUAGUGAACAAAACAAACCGGAAUACAGAACUCCUGAAGGAGUUCGUGAAACGACUCAGUUUUGUGCUGGAUCCACGACGUACAUACAUAACACUUGUCUUGGAGAUUCAGGUGGAUCACUUCAAAUUAAGCACAAGCACCACUACUGUACAUAUACAAUCAUUGGUAUAACAUCAGCCGGAAAGGCGUGUGCCAACUUUAGAGAUGGAUCCAUUAGUGUAUAUACUCGAGUAUAUCCUUAUUUAAGUUGGAUAGAAAGUAUUGUAUGGCCAGGACAGAAUGCAAACGAAUAAAUUUAUCAUUUUCAUUCACAA